GUACUAUAAAAGAUGUACGGUACCACGUCGAUGUAACACUUCUCGCAUUGUUUUUGGGUGUACAAAAUGAAAUUUUACGUAGCGGUCGCCGCUAUCUGUUGCUCCCUAGUCCAGGGCCGUCCCCAGUACAACUAUCCCGCCCCUUCUGGAGGAAUUAGUGGCGGCGGAGGUGGCGGAUACGUAAGUGGAGGAGGCGGUGGCGGAUACGUAAGUGGAGGUGGUGGCGGAUACGUCGGCGGAGGCGGUGGCGGAUACGUCGGCGGAGGCAGCAGUGGAGGAUUCUCUGGAGGAAUUUCUAGCGGCGGAGCAGGCGGAUUUUCAGGCGGUGGCGGAGGAUUCUCUGGUGGAAUCAGUGGCGGAGGCAUCUCCGGCGGCGGCGGAGGAUUCUCGGGCGGAAUCAGUGGUGGAGGCAUCUCUGGUGGUGGAGGAGGAUUCUCUGGCGGAGCUUCUGGAGGCGGCAUAGCAGGAGGCGGCGGUGGAGGCGGUGUCCUAGUCCAGAAACACAUCUACGUUCACGUAGCGCCGCCAGAACCGGAAGAGGCCCGCCCACGUCCUCAGAUCCAAGCUGGACAAGCCACAAAACACUACAAGAUCAUCUUCAUCAAGGCUCCAUCGUACAAUCUCCCUGCUGCUCAGAUCGCAGCUCUGCAGCCUCAGAGCGAGGAGAAGACCCUGGUGUACGUUUUGGUCAAGAAGCCGGACGAGGCUGCGGAUAUCACCAUCCCAACAGCUGCUCCAACUCAACCCUCAAAGCCGGAGGUAUACUUCAUCAAGUACAAGACCAAGAGCGAAGCUACCGGAGGAGCUGCUGUAUCUGGUGGAGGAGCUAUUGGCGGAAUUUCUGGAGGAGGUAUCUCUGGAGGCGGAAUAUCUGGAGGAGGAAUCAGUGGAGGUGGAAUCAGUGGAGGAGGUAUUUCUGGAGGUAUCUCUGGAGGCCCUGGAUCUAUUGGAAUUUCGUCUGGUUCAUCGUCGAUCUCCACUGGUGGUGGAAGACCAUCGCAAGCUUAUGGACCUCCUGGUUACCAAUAAACUGCCUUAGAUUUAGUUCAGCAAAAAUCUUUUAUUCCGUCAAUAAGUACAUUGAAAACAAAAAUGUUGCACAUAUUUUUAAAAUUCUACACUUCAAAGUAAUACUGUUCUUUUGACCCUUCUUUCUUGCAAUAUUUUCACUUACUUUGUUGAUCAGUGUUUAUUUACAAAAGAUAAGACUUCUCAAGACUAUGCCUUGUGCUUAAGGGCCACAUUACUGACACUUGGUAUCGAUUUUAUUUAGAAGUAAUUAUCAAAUGUUCACAUCAUUGUGUUGUUGGUAAUCUGUAACAUUACCUUCAUUGUGCUUUUUAUACAUCAAGGAUUCUUGCUAUUAUUCUAUUAUAUUUAUUGCCAUUUUGAUGUUGGAAUGAUCAUGACCAGUUGUGUUGGAAUUUCC